AAAACCGGGUUACGAAGCCCUAGCAGUCGUUGGCUAGUCUCCAAGCCAGAUAGGGAUCGAUGAGCUCUCUACUUCGAUCGGGCGGCCACCCCCGUCUCCUCUCCGCCGCCUCUUCCUUCCCGUUCCUCCGCCGCUUCUCCGCUGCGGCUCCAGCGGCCAAAGAUGACUGUGGAGACCUCGAGCCCGUCGACCAGCGGAGGCUUCCUGCGGACUACGACCCCGCCACCUUCGAUCCUUCCGCGCCGCAACGGAGCCCGCCGUCUGAUCGGGUUUGGAGGCUCGUCGACCAGGUCGCCGCGCUUUCCCUCGCCGAGGUCGCUGAGCUAUCCGUCAUACUCCGGGAUAAGAUGGGGAUGAAAGAGCCCCCGGCUAUCGGCAUCGCCAACGCCGGGGCUGGCGGGGCCGGCGGAUCGGCUGGGGGUGCGGCGGCGGAUGGGAAGGAGGAGGCUAAGAAGCAGGAGAAGACGGUGUUCGAGCUUAGGUUGGACUCUUACGAUGCUGCUUCCAAGAUCAAGGUGAUCAAGGAGGUCAGGGGAUUUACAGAUUUGGGGCUGAAGGAGGCGAAAGAAUUGGUGGAGAAGGCACCAGCGGUGAUUAAGAAGGGGCUCUCAAAGGAGGAAGCCGAGCAGAUCAUUGAGAAGAUGAAGGCCGUUGGUGCUAAGGUUGUCAUGGAAUGAUAAAGAAAGUGAGUUUCUCUCGCGCAUCAAUUGUGCAAUUCUUCAAUUCAUUACGGAGAAGGAUAUAUGUGCAAAUUCGGUGCAAAGUUGGAAUUUUUAUCUCUUGAUAACAAAUUUGUUUCUGAUAGUCUCAGUUAUGGGAGUUUGAAGAAGAAAGAGAUGGUUUUUAAUAUAAACUAGGAACAUGGAAGCAUUGGGAGGUAUCUCCGAACCCUCUAAUUAUGCUUCUGUGUAGAUUCACAUUGUUUUGGGAGCACAAGUGGUCGUGCUUGAUGGAACACUAUGUAAGGGAAACUGACACUUUCAAUUUCACACUGAAGACUAUGACAGUGAUGAUACUAGGCCAUCUUUUGCUUCAUUAAGCUGUAACAUUGAUUGCAAAAUAAAUUGGACAUAUGCCCCCCAACCAGUUUCUAGAUGUUGAAAACUGCUUCAACUUAACCUCCAUAUUUGAAUAUGACUCAUGCAAAUCCAUAGUUCUGAAUAAAACAUUACAAGAAACAUCUAUAUGUUGAUAUGAACAUGAAAUUCACAUGUUUGAAUAAUUAUGUUUAUCUAUGUUAUAUUUUUGUUCUGAAAAUGUUUUUGACUUAUCUAGAUGAUUUUUCAAGUUCAUUUUAGGAAGAGUUUCAUAUAGAGACUAAAGGAGCCUUUGUUUGCCCAUUUAAUCAAUUAGUGGCCUUGUUGGGAUACUUUCCAUCUGUAAAUUUUUCUUUGCUUUGCUGUGGACAAUUUUGAGUAGAAUAUACUUGAAGUUUGGUCUGGUAUUCUCUAGCUGCUAUUCAAUUAUGUUGCACACUUGUUUCAGUUUUCUUUCUUUUCCUUACAUAAUUAGGUCGCAACUUUUAAGUUUGUGACAAUUUAUUGGAUAAUCUCUUAGAAUUGUUUUGCACCGGCACUUAGGCUCUCACUAGUCACUAACAUUUUCGGUAUAGAUAGGUUGGUGUAAAUGGUCCAUUCCCUGCAACGUUGUUGACAUGGUUUUGUUCCCCAUGGGUGCCAAUCCUUAUAGACUUACCUUUUUUGGCCAUAAUGAUAGAUUUCCUUUUGGAUGAGAAAAUUGGAACUUUUUUCAUGUUAGCUAUUUGUAAGUUCAUUUUCAUGUUAGAACAACUGCCACAUUUGCCACAGUUUCUUAUGGGAAUGCAUAUUCUCCCAACCUUAAAAACAAGAAAAGCUAAUUACUAAUUAUGAUUGCCACAGAGCACAUUUAGAACACAUAGCCUACAUAUUCAUCAGGUUAAGAACUAAUUCCAAUUCUUCGUAGUCCAUACAGUCUUAUAAGGAAAAUAAGUAUAAAAAAGCCUCAUUGUUAUUUUGAGCAGGCGAAGGAUGUGGACUAGUGUUUCCCAAAAGUUUUUCUAUCAGCCUAGUUUUCGUGCAAUUUACUUGAAACAAUUUGUUGGGUAACUAUUACUAUUAUGUUGAGAAAAUUCCCAUGAACAAUUAGAAAAUUUUGCUAAUACAUGCCUCUACCUCAUACUCUAAGGGAUCCACUUUGUUUUUUUGUCAGUGUCACCUGAUAAAACAAAAGAAAUGUCCUUUGCUUAGUAUCAUUAUUUUUUAUUAAAGAAUCCACAAGUUACAGAAAUGUUGGAUGUUCUUCGGAACUUAGCUAAAAGUGUUGCAUUUUAUUUGUCGUCCACCAGCCUUUACUUAAUUUUAUCUUCUAUUAUCUCUCCUGUUGUCGUCAUUAUCAUAACUGUUUAGGUAGUUGACAAGAAGAACGACCUAGUUUUGAGAGUUUUCGCCUGCCAUAGUGUCAAAAAGGUGAUAAGACUUGCCCCGUGAGCCCUUCCAAGACCGUCUCAAGUGGCAAAAGGAGAAAUCGUUCGCCCCCAGCGCCCCCGCUGCAUCCGAUCCAAGGUCAUCACGAAGGAAAUAAAUCACAGCAUCCUGAGCGAGCAUGUGACAGGUGGGGUGAGUUGCACAGGGACCGAGGAUUUACGCCCCGACUACCUUGAGUUUCGACGCCCUUCCAAGACCGUCUCAAGCACAUUGGAAGGGAGUAAAUCACAGGAGUCAUUUGGUCAGGUGAUAAGACUUGCCCCGUGAGCCCUUUCAAGACCGUCUCAAGCACAUUGGAAGGGAGUAAAUCACAGGAGUCAUUUGGUCAGCCGAGCGGCCUCCUAGGUGAGAGGGCCUAGCACAGGAUAAACCCAUGAUUCAAACCCAAAACCUAUUGUGGUAAAUUCUCAUCCGAGUAUCAACUCGGUUAUGUCUAUGGGGGUGUGUUAUUGGGGGUGUGUUAUUGUCUGUCAUAACUGAAUAGAAGGAAGUCUAGGCUCUGGAGGCUUUCCUAUGAAUGGUUUAUGACAUGGGAUAGAUCAAUAGUUUGCCAAUUA